GGGUUUCUAUUAUCAUGAUUACUGUGUAUUUUUGGGUCUCUUGGUUCCAAGAUCUUCAACCUCCAUUCUCUCAAGCUUCUGAAGAAUGACCAUAUGUGGGUAUACAAACACAUGCACAGAGAGAGAGAGAGAGAGAGAUGAGAGGGUUUUAUAGAUGAUAUGAAAGAGAUACCUAGAUCCAUGGGGAGAGGAAAGAUUGAGAUAAAGAGGAUUGAGAACACAACCAACCGUCAAGUGACCUUCUGCAAGAGAAGGAAUGGACUUCUCAAAAAGGCUUAUGAACUAUCUGUUCUCUGUGAUGCUGAAGUUGCACUCAUUGUCUUCUCUACCCGCGGCCGCCUCUACGAGUACUCUAACAGCAACAUAAGAUCAACCAUAGAGAGGUACAAGAAGGCAUGCUCAGAUAGCACUAAUUCAAACUCCGUUAGAGAAAUCAAUGCUCAGUAUUUUCAACAAGAAUCAGCAAAGCUUCGGCAACAGAUUCAAAUGCUGCAAAAUUCUAACAGGCAUUUAAGUGGUGAAUCUUUGAGCUCCCUGAGUGUGAAGGAGCUGAAGCAGCUGGAGAACAGACUUGAAAGAGGAAUUAGUAGAAUCAGGUCUAAAAAGCAUGAAAUGUUGCUUGCUGAAAUUGAGUACUUUCAGAAAAGGGAGGUUGAGAUGGAAAAUGAGAGUGUUUUUCUUCGAACUAAGAUAGCUGAAGUAGAGAGGCUCCAUCAGCAAGCAAACAUGGUGACAGGCCCCGAACUGAACGCGAUCCAGGCAUUGGCUUCGCGCAAUUUCUUCGACCCAAACAUGCUUGAGACUGCAGGAACUGCCUUUUCUCAUCCUGACAAGAAGAUACUCCAUCUUGGAUGAAGCAGUGGAGAACAAGUAUGCAUGCAAAUGGAAAUGGUGGUACGUGAUGGUAAUAAUAUUAUUAGUUGGAAAUCAAUAAAGAUAUGUCUUUUAAUUGUACUAUGAAUUUGUAUUUCCAAGGAUAAAUUGGAACAAGUGUUCUAUUUGAACUGCCACUCCCUCUCCCCCUGGAAGCAUGAUUUUAUUUAUAUAGUUUUUGUGGGACUCUUAUGUAAUAAUUAACUCUAAGUUGGAAGAUAAUGGUAUGUAUGUGUGAACUUA